CAGGAAGUAGCUGUCAGGCAGAAUGGAGUUAGGGGGCUGCAGGAUCGCAUUUGAGAAAGAUGGGGUCUAUUUACAUACCAGUGCAAAGCGUCAUCCUGACCAGGAUUCCCUCAUACCUGGAGUUAUCCGCAUCAUUGAGAAGGGUUCAGAUACUUUACUACAGUGGACCCCUGUGGAGGAAUCUUCAGAUACUGCUCAAAUCAUGUACACUAAAAAGGAUACCAUUGGCUCCCAGACCGAAGAAGAAAGCUUUGAUCCAGGAUAUGAACCAGACUGGGCUGUGAUCAGUACAGUGGGGACCAGGUCUCCGGUCCAGGAAGAAACAGCUGUUUCUGGGCCAAAAUCUCCAGUCCCUCGUGGUCAGUGGGCCUUCUCUCUCAGCUUGUCUGAGCUGAAAUCCAUCCGUAAAAGUAAACCAGGCCUUGGUUGGUCGUAUCUCAUCUUCAUCACCAAAGAGGGCAUUUCCAUUCAAGCUCUGCAUUUCCACCGUGGCGGCACGAAGGCCCUUCUAAAAGCUCUUUGCAAAUACGUUAUUUUAGCCACCUCCCCCAAAGAUUCUCGGCUCUACCUGGUUUACACGCAUGACUCCUAUGCCCUUUCUCAUUCCUUUGAUGAGCUUCAGCUCUUUGAUGAGAAUUCAUCAAAUCUAGUAUCGCGAUUCCUGCAGGAUCCUUACGCUGCCACCUUUGGUGGCUUCUCCAAAGUUACCAAUUUCUUCCGUGGAGCUCUGCACCAGGAGGAUGGUAUCGCCCAGUAUUCCCACGGUGACUCAGCUGCUGCCAACGUGGAGGAAGAGACAGGCUUUGAAGUCAUCACCUGUCAGCAGGCCCAACUAGGAGAGCGGCCCUCUGUCCAACGGGAGACCCCUGUUACGGAGCAGGAAUGGGAGCAGCAUCUGGAUCCCGAUGGGCGCGUGCUGGAUCCCAUUGGGUUGCGGAAGAGGAUCUUUGCUGGGGGUCUCAGCGUGUCAUUACGUAAGGAAGUGUGGAAGUACCUGCUGAGCUAUUACUCCUGGGGCAACACCAGUGAGGAGAACAAGGCGCAAGUGAGGCGGAAAACAGACGACUACUUCCGCAUGAAGCUACAGUGGAAGUCGGUCAGCGAGGAGCAGGAGCAACGGAACUCUUUGCUGCGUGGCUAUCGCAGCCUCAUUGAAAGAGACGUCAGCCGCACAGAUAGAAACAACAAAUUCUAUGAGGGCAGUGAGAAUCCAGGCCUGGUGCUCCUAAAUGAUGUGCUGAUGACGUACUGCAUGUACAAUUUUGAUCUGGGGUAUGUACAAGGUAUGAGUGAUCUCCUGUCCCCCAUUCUCUAUAUCACCCAGAAUGAAGUAGAUGCCUUCUGGUGCUUCUGUGGUUUCAUGGAACUGGUGCACCACAAUUUUGAAGAAAGCCAGGAGUCCAUGAAACGCCAGCUUUCCCAGCUCACGUUGCUCCUUAGAGUGCUGGAUCCCCCCCUCUGUGACUUCCUAGACUCAAAGGAAUCUGGCACCUUGUGCUUCUGUUUCCGGUGGAUCUUGAUCUGGUUCAAGAGAGAAUUUCCCUUCCCUGAAAUUCUGCAGCUUUGGGAGGUAUUGUGGACUGAAUUACCUUGUCCCAAUUUCCACCUGCUGGUGGCUUGUGGAAUCCUGGAUGCAGAGAGACAGACUCUUAUGAACUCUGGUUUUGGCUUUAGCGAGAUCCUCAAGCAUAUUAACGAACUGACCAUGAAGAUGAGCGUGGAAGACAUCUUAUGCCGGGCUGAGGCAAUCUACAGGCAGCUGGCUUCUACUCCAGAUCUACCCCGUAAUGUCCAGGAACUGCUGGGCCUCUGUGAGGGCAAAUCUCCCACCCCCAGCACUGACACAGCCAGCUCCCCACAGCCGCUGUCACCCAGUCAGGUGCAGGAGAUGGAGUUGACAGACAGCGUUUCCCCGAGCCAGCCAGACAGCAGCAUCGAAAUCCUGCCUGCCGAGGAUGCCUCCACCUCCCAGAGCUUGUCUCCGUGAAAGACUCUCGCCACCAUGACCAUCUUCUUAACACAAGCACUUUAAUCAGAGCAGGGGGAGGGCUAGGAGGGAGGCAGGUCAAGGGGCCUUGCAAAGUUGUGUUCUUCCUAGAGUUCAAAUAGUUGUAGGAAUAUCGAGUCAAUGGGCUUAGUGUGCACAGUGUGCCUUCACCCGUAACCUAAGGCUUCCUUGAAAAGUCCCAGGUCUUGGUCAUUUUCACUUCUGGUUUGUGCAAAAAGACAGAAAGGAGCAGGUUAAUAGCUGUCAUCCCGCUGUUUUUCUGAUUUGGGUUCCGAACCUCCCAAAUUCUGCUUCUGCUGUCUGUCUGGUGACAUAUCUUUAUCUUCCGCCCCUCCCAACGCCCCCUGCCCCGCCCGGCCCAGGUUUGUGUGUUGAGAUUCAAUCUUAUAGCAGCAUCUAUUUCUUCUGCUAACUGAAGCCUCUGCCUUGGCUUACAGAAGUUAGUUAGAGAUGCCCAAGCUAUUUGCUAAGAAGAAAUGCAGGAAAGCUGAUUAGAACAGUUCCAUACUGGAAAACCGAUUACUGUAGCGGGGUUCUCUCUAGGAGAAACACAGAAUCACAGCUUACAGGAAUAGAGGCUAGAAGGCCCAACUCCUAAGUUACUUAGAAUUUUGCCAAGGAAUUCCUGUUGAUGUGCUGCCUCGUGCUUCCUUCGGCUGGAGGUUCAUCUCGUGCCCUGCUUGCUGCUUUCUCUUGAACACGUGAUUAUAAACUAACCGCAAUACAUUGAGGAGGGAAGGUUGUCAGACUUGGUUUUUCGGUGCCUCUCUAGCCCAGCAGGCACAUGGAUCUGAAGCUGUGUGUGCGAACACAUACUAUUCUACGUCCCACCAAACAGCACCUUUCUCAGCCCUUACCUUGGCUUUCUCCCCCUUUAUAAAGUACAUUAAAAGUAUUGCAUCAUUC